ACAGAUCAGAUUGGCCUGUCAUUUUCCUUUCUUGCCUUGUCCUUGUUUGGUUUUGGUAUCAAGGUUAUACACUGCUAAUAAAAUGACUUGGGGGAAUGUUUCCUCUUCUUUUAGCCUCCAGGGCACUUGUGGAAGACAGAUAAAACCGCAGAAGGGUCUGGUAAACGCAGCUACCAGACUGUCAUCCUUCUGCGGUCCCACUUUUUGGUACAACUUUUCUCGCUUGUGCCUCCAGCCCGACCUAUGCCCCCACCCCGCCAAGAAAAAACAAAGAAAACACAUUCCUGCCUCAUAAGCGUCUCAAAUUGAAAUGCUCACAGCUUGAUUAGAAAGCUGUGUUUCUGGUUUUUUACAGGUGGGUCCUUAACUCAAGAGUUUAGCAUGAAGAGUUGUUUUCAGGCCUGCCCUGAGCGCCCCCACGUAACAACAGACCUCUCGGCCGCAGCUGUCCACGCAGGAUGCCUCGAAUUUGCUGGAAGCCGUCCCUCGAGAGCGCAGCUGCUGCUUCUUUAGGGCGGCACUAGGGAUUUCGUUCCGUGCGUUGAAGGGGUUUCUGUUGUUCUUGCUGCGGCUGCUGGUGCGCUCAUUUAUUUACUUUCUUUCUUUGCACCGGCCCUCGCCCCGCUCCCACUGGCAUGAUGGCCCAGUCGAAGGCCAACGGCUCCCACUAUGCGCUGACCGCCAUCGGCCUGGGGAUGCUGGUUCUCGGGGUCAUCAUGGCCAUGUGGAACCUGGUGCCCGGGUUCAGUGCCCACGAAAAGCCGACAGCUCAGGGGAACAACAAGACAGAGAUAGGCAGUGGCAUUCUCAAGAGCAAGACCUUCUCCGUGGCCUACGUGCUGGUCGGGGCUGGGGUGAUGCUGCUUCUGCUCUCCAUCUGCCUGAGCAUCCGGGACAAGAGGAAGCAGCGGCAAGGCGAGGAGAUGGCCCACAUCCAGCACCAGCCGGGGGUCGAGCCACACGGCCGGGAGGAAGACAGCCAGGAGGAGGAGGAGGAGGCCUCCUCCAGGUACUAUGUCCCCAGUUACGAGGAAGUGAUGAACACAAACUACUCAGAAGCGAGGGAACUGGACCAGAACCCGAGGAUGAGCAUCUCUCUCCCGUCCUAUGAGUCCUUGACGGGUCUUGACGAGACGAGCCCCACAGCUGCCAGGGCCAACGUGGAGAGCAGCCCGGGGAAUCCACCCGACAGGCAGAACUCCAAGUUGGCCAAACGCCUGAAGCCACUCAAAGUUCGAAGGAUUAAAUCCGAAAAGCUUCACCUCAAAGACUUCAGGAUCAGCCUCCCGGACAAAAACGUCCCUCCUCCCUCCAUCGAGCCUUUGACCCCCCCACCACAGUAUGAUGAAGUCCAGCAGAAGGCUUCUGAUGCCCGGCCACCUGACUGACGGCCCCGCUCAGGUGUGUUCCUCCGGUUGCUCACCCUCCACACCACGGACCCCCCGUGAAGCCACUUCAGCUGCAAUUGAGGAGCGGAGGGGGCAGAUGCAUACAGAUUGAUGUGGAUGGGGGCGAGGGAGGGGGGCGUGGGGAGUCCAGUGACUAGGGACUGACUGACAUCCACAGAACCUCACGUGGCAGGUGCGUCGGGAAUAGCUGCUGCCUCGGAUCUCGGGAUGUGGACCCCGUCGGGGUCCUCGCGGGGUACGCACCUUCCCCAUCGUUUUUCCCCAACUCUGGGUUGUUGGCCACAACACCUCUCUUUCCAAACAGGAGAGGAUGCCUAGCAGCUGGUUUAGGUUGUGAUUUUUGUUUUGCUUCCACUAGGACUGUUUUGUUUCAAAAAGAAAACAAGAUAUGCCUUUGCUUUCCUCACCGGAGUCCUGAGCUGUGGGUAGGAGAUGUGACUCAGCUUUCUAGAAAGGACGCGGGGCCGUUUCGGGAAUGAAGUGAAACAAGAGGCUGAUCGAUGAUGUGGGGGUGAGGCCCAGCUGGGGCUCUCUCAGAGCCCCUGAAGCUGUUGGCUCUCGGAGGGCCCAAGGCCCGGUGAUGCAUAAGAUCAGAGUCUUUACUGGUACGCUUUCCUAGUGCCUUCUGGGUAAGGGCAACAAAGGAAAGCUGUGUGAGAUAUUUUAUUCCUUCUAAAGUGCCGUGCAAGUGAGCUUUUUAUAAUAAAAUAUUUUAUAUGUAGUA